GGGGUGGGGCGGGGCCAGGCGCGCCAAUGGGAGGGCGCCGUGAGUGGGGGGAGUGACGUGAGAGGUGACACCAUGAGGAGCCCCAGGAUCUCGAAAAUAAUGCGAACGUGCCCAAGUGUAAGAUGUCGGACCCGAUGUUGCCGAUGUGCUUCAUGUUGGCGACUGACAUCAUCAGGCCACAGCUAGUAGCUGGUAUACCUGAGCGAAACAUACCCCCCAUCGAACCCCUUGUUAUCCCCAUGGUGAUGCUGCAGCAAGGUACCUCAGCAGUCAACUACAAGGCCAACCUCAAGAACAUCAAGGUCAUUGGCCUCGGAAACUACCAGUUCAAGAAUGUUGUCCUGAACGUGCCCAAGCUGAUGGCCGCUGCGAGGGUCGAGGUCCCGACCAUACAGCUGGUGUCCGACUACACCAUCAAGGGCCGAGCUCUGGUCGUCCCUAUAGAGGGCGACGGUAUCUUCAGAGCCAACCUUACUAACGUGAAGGCAGACGUGAUGAUCGUAGCGGCACUCAAGAAACGCAAGGGAGAAGAGUUUCUGCACCUCAAGAUGGUCAAGAGCCGCCUCACAGUGGGCAAGGCCACCGCCAACUUUGACAACUUGUUCAACGGCGAUAAAACACUUAGCAAAGCAACGAAUGACUUUGUCAACCAGAAUGCUCAAGACAUCAUCGAGGAGAUCAAGCCGGCCGUGGAAGCUGUCGUGUCGAUGCUGAUAGAAGACAUCGGAAAUAAAGUGCUGAAGACAACACCAUACAAAUCAUUGUUCCUGCCUGAAAACUAAUAUUAUAUAUUAUGUAUUUAUUUAUUUUAAUUUAUUAUUGUUGACUGUGAUGUUUCUCUUUAAGGCAAUAAAUUACAAUGAAAAACCCGA